UGGGAAUGGAUGGGAAGUUAUUAGGGCAGAAGACGCCAGAGCUAGAGGAGACAUCCGUGGAAGAGCAGAUCAGAGAUUGGACUGCUCUUCCAACUGAGAUUUUGAGCUUGUUCUUAUCACGUCUCUUUCUUGGUGACUACGAAAGGUUUCGUAUCGUCUGCAAGAAAUGGAAGUUAGUUCCUUCCUUACCAGUGCCAUGUCCAACUCAAUGCCCAAUUCCCCAAUCUCAGUGGCUCAUGCUUUACCGCGGAUUGAAAAAAAUGGAACUGAAUUUUUUCCACCCGUUGUACAAAGACACUUACCGGAUGGACAUUCCUGAGUUAUCUGGUGCAUUGCUUCGCUGCUCCAAGGAUGGUUGGUUGCUUAUGUCUAGAGGCAAACACUCUGUCUUCUUCUUUAACCCCUUCACCAAAGGCAAAAUUGACCUCCCGAAUCUACCUCACCACUACAAUUUCAAUGCUAUAUCCUUCUCUUGUGCUCCAACCUCCUCGGAAUGCCUGGUCUUUGGUAUAUAUGCCUUUUUUGACCACGUUAGAUUUUCAGCCAUUUCUCGGGGUGAGGAAAAGUGGACUGGGGAUCAGAUUAAAGGCGAACAUGAUUUUCACCAUUCUCACACCAAUCCAGUUUUCUACAAUGAACUUGUUUACUGUUUGGGUGAAGAUGGUACCUUGGGGGUGUUUAAUCCAAAGGAUUUUUGCUGGAAAACUAUUCAAAACCCUGAGAAAAUCCGCCAUUUUCUAUACGAAAGUUAUUUGAUGGAGUGUGAUGGGAAGCUAUUGGCAGUGUUUGUGGGGAAAAAAGGAAGAGGGGUUUCUGUUUACACUCUAGAUGAUUCAAAGAUGGCUUGGGAAAGAGUACGUGAUUUGGGCAGUAAAAUGUUGUUUGUGAGUCAUGCGGUAUCUUUUUCAGCCACCAAAGUAGUAGAGGGAAUGCAGAACAAGAUAUAUUUUCCGAGAUUUCUUGGGAAGGAUGGCGUAUUCUUCUCUCUAGCAACCCACCGGUAUGAAUCUUUUGGGAGUACUCGCCUCUCUAGAAAGGACUUUGACGGAAUGGAGGAAUCGCUACACUGCUGUUGGAUUGAGCCAAGAACUGAAAUAUAUUGCGAAGGAGAGCUUAACUGGCUAUCGGCAGUGGGAUGAUCAAGAGAGAGUACCUUUUAUUUUUCACAUGGGCAAAAAUUCGGUUGGUUUUAUGGAAUACAAAAAUUUGUAGGCCAAUCAAGUUUGACGUGUUAAUUCUUGG